AUGCCUGAAGUAUCUUCUCAAGAAGCUUCAUAUGUGAAAGCGCAAGAAUUGGAGAAGAUCAUUUUAUCUUCAAGCGGUGAAAGUGAUGUAGAUGAAGGAGAUGUCAGCAGAAGCCUGCAUCAGCAAGACUCUGAUGAUGAUGAUGAUGAAGAAGAAGAGGAGACUGUUCGACUGUCAGUUUAUUCUGAUGUUGCUGCUUGGCCAGUUCCAGUUCCAGAUGUUUUAAGAGUGGACCUUAUUAAGAGGGGAAGUGAACCUUUCCAAAAUAGAGAUGGGCCAUUCAGUCUUGUUGAAAGGCAAGGAGAGAAAUCAAAAGGGAAGAAUCGACAGCUGACCACUGCAUGGUUCUAUAAGGCUCUGUCUAAUGGCGAAAAAAAUUCUUAG